AAAAAGACGUGACGAUUAAAGAUGCAGAUGUAUAUAGAAUUAUAACAAUGUGUCGAUUGUAUGUUGAUUAUUGCCGUUUAUGCUUUACGUUCCUUCUUUUACUUCUUUGUCAUUUAACUUCUACGCUCUCUAAAUUUAUGGCUGUGUUGGUGUUCCAUCCACAGCAUCUAAGCCACAGUAUAACCUAUUUCUGACAGUUCAGUAUAAUUUGAUAGUUUGGCAGAGAGCAAUAGAAAUAAUUAUCGUGUGUGCAGCUCGAGAUAGCGAGACGAAGGCAGGAAAUGUUUUAAAUGUCAUAUUUACGAAUAUAAGACAUGGCAAGGCUACUCAUCGGAAUGGAACGAAUAUAAAAAGUAGCAAAUUGCUAGCUAAUUCAACAAUAAUCACACGAAAUCGACUUGUGGUUUUCAGAAACCUGAUUUGAAUUAUUUAAAAGUAUUGAACAGAGUGUGCAUAUAAAUUUAUUGUUUUCUAUCAAUACUAUAAUUAUUUGCAUUAAAAUAAUUGAUAUAAAAAUAAUAAAAAAUAAUUGAUAUUACGCCAAGAUGGAAUUGGCAAAAGAGGUUAUUAGUGGCCUAGCGGACGUUCAAAAUAGCAACACUAUAUCUGAAGAAACAUUUGUGCAAUUAUUAAACAUUAUACUAUCUCAUAUUCGUAACAAUAAUAAUGAUGCUAAAAACAUUGCUGUUGUAUAUUCAUUCAAAUCAGAUUUGGUGAAAGCUGCUGUUGCCAAUAUAUCUUGCCUCUUUAUAGAAGCUGCUAGAUAUGAUUAUGAUGAAAAGAGUUUAAAAAUUUUUUUACAUAAUGAGCAUAUUAAAGGACAAAGAGUAGAAAAAUUAUGUAAUACUUAUAUGAACAAUAAACAAGAUAUUCAGACUUGGUUGGAAUUGAUGGGAGACAAUGUACCACAUAUAGUAGAUAUAGAUUGGCGUUUACAUCAUUGUGUUAAGGCUAGCAUUUGCCGCUCUAUCAGUAUACCAGCUUGUAAUAUUCAAAUAUGUAUAAGGAAAUGUAAUGACAUAAAACGUGUGACAUUUACAUGUACCAUACAACAGCUACAAGAAUUAGUAUACAAGUUAAAAGAUAUUGUAAGACAUCUCGAGAAAAUGUCUAACAUAUAAAUGUCUAAUGAGUGAUUAUGAAUCAGCAAUUUAGAAAUAUAUUUUCUCCUUGCUUUAGUAGCGGUAUGUAUAUAUGAAGGAUAGUUUAUAUGAAUAAUACAUAGUUUGAUAUAUAUAGGUGCAACCAGUUAUAUUUUUGUAUUAUAAUGAAAAAAACUUAAGAAUCUUUUAAUUCAAUGUAGAGUUAUUGUAUUUUAUACAUUUAUACAUGUAUAUGCAUGCACGUAUACACAUAUAUAAAAAUUGAUUAAAAAUACAGUAUCCUUUGUUGUGCAACUUAAUAUUUAUCCAAAAUCUCUAUUUUUAUUAGACGAAAAA